AGUUCGAGCCCAGGUUUGUCCUGUUCAGUUCCUUCUUCUGUGAUUCCGGCAGUGGGAAGCUUUUGGAAGUAAAUCCACCUGAUUGGACUGAUAAGGUCCCCAAGAUGGCUCACGACAUUGGCUCUUUGUCUUCUGAGGAUCAUGACUUUGAUCCUACAGCUGAAAUGUUGGUACAUGAUUAUGAUGAUGAAAGAACUCUUGAAGAGGAGGAAAUGAUGGAUGAAGGCAAAAAUUUCAGUUCUGAGAUUGAAGACUUAGAAAAGGAAGGAAGUAUGCCAUUAGAAGACUUACUGGCAUUCUAUGGCUAUGAACCUACAAUUCCUGUUAUAGCAAGUUCCAGCGCAGAUAGUUCCCCAAGUGAACUUGCAGAUGAACUCCCAGACAUGACUUUGGAUAAAGAGGAAAUAGCCAAAGACCUUUUGUCAGGAGAUGAUGAAGAAACACAGUCUUCUGCUGACGAUUUGACACCCUCAGUUACUUCACAUGAAACAACAGAUUUUUUUCCUCGACCUUUAAGAUCAAACACUACAUGUGAUGGUGAUAAAGAAUCUGAUGGUGAAGAUGUAGAAGUAGAUACUGGUAAUUCAUCUGAAGAUUUGCGGAAGGAAAUAAUGAUUGGUUCACAAUACCAAGCAGAAAUACCACCUUUCUUAGGCAAAAGUUGUGAUGAUGAAAAAGCAUAUGAAAAUGAGGACCAGCUACUUUGGCAACCUGAUAUUAUUUCAGAAACCAAAGUUAAAGAGUACCUUUUUGAAACUUCUGUAAGAACUGGAAAUGAAAAAAUAAUUGGCAGAAUUCCUGAUGGAAUGCAUACCCGGGACAAUGAACAAGCACUCUAUGAACUCUUCAAGUGUAACCACAAUUUAAAGGAAGCUAUUGAGAAAUAUUGUUCAAAUGGAAAGACAUCACAGGAUAUGACGGCUUGGACAGAAGAAGAAUGUAGAAACUUUGAACAUGCACUUCUGAUAUAUGGGAAAGAUUUUCACCUUAUACAAAAAAAUAAGGUGAGAACCAGGACAGUUGCUGAAUGUGUAGCUUUUUAUUACAUGUGGAAGAAAUCUGAACGAUACGAUUAUUUUGCUCAGCAAACAAGAUUUGGAAAAAAGAGGUACAACCACCACCCUGGAGUCACGGACUAUAUGGAUCGGUUGGUAGAUGAAGCAGAAGCUUUAGGUGGAGCAGUUUCUUCAGCCAUAAUGUCAAAUAAUAGACCAGAGCCCAUUCCUGAUCAACAACUGAGCAUCCUGAAUUCUAUCACUGCCAAUGAUUUGACAGCACUGACCAACAGCGUAGCUACAGUCUGCCAUCCUACAGAUGUGAACUCAGAAGAUGCCUUCCCACCUCUGGACAGCUUGCCCCGAACAGCAGUUAAUCAUGUGCCUGUCGUAACAGAAGAUUUGCUUAACUUGCCUAGUAAUGGUGAAAGUGAUUGUUUUAAUUUAUUUGAGACUGGAUUUUAUCAUUCUGAAUUAAACACCAUGAACAUGUGCAGUGAAGAAUCUGAAAGGCCUGCCAAAAGAUUGAAAAUGGGAAUUGCAGUUCCAGAAUCCUUCAUGAAUGAAGUUUCCGUAAACAACUUGGGUGUUGAUUUUGAGAAUCAUACACAUCAUAUUACCAGUGCCAAAAUGGCAGUCUCAGUGGCUGACUUCAGCAGUCUAUCUGCAAAUGAGACCAAUGGCUUUAUUAGUGCCCAUGCGUUACACCAGCACACUGCCCUCCACUCAGAAUGAAUUCAAGCAGCAAAUUAAAGACAGUGAAUACUGUUGGCAGUUUGUGGUAAACUUGAUGAAUUGAUCAGGUUUGCUUAGUCUUUCACUGGAAGUUUGAACUAUAUGACAUCAGUGAUGUCUUUAUGUACAGAACUAUAUCUUGAUUUAUCAAGAAUAAUUUCACUUUUUUCCAAUCCAUAAAUGUGGAAACUUCAUAUAAUAUCUAGCAGAGUUCGGGACUAAGAGAACGAUGUGGUGCAGCUUUAAGCUCUGCUUCCUUUCUUUUUAAACCUGUAGAGAGACUGCUGUCUCAAAACCAGCACAGAAGUUCUGAACUUAUUAGAGUGGGUUUUUAUUCUAGGUUGCUUCUGCCCUAAUGGAUGCAGUGGAAUAACGUUUGUUUACAGGUACCAAUCCUGAUCCUUGCUUAAUGUAGCAUUUAAAAAAUAAAUCAAAAGCAGGGAAACAUUUCUUUAAUUUAAACUGCACAACUACACAAGGAUAUUUUUAAAUGGACCCUUCUGUCAUCUGAUAUUAAGCCAGAGCACUUCACUUUAGAAAACCACAGAUUCAUCUUGAUGGAUACUAGCACAAAGGACAGUAGGAGCAAAGUCUGAGGACACGCUUAGAUGCUCUUACAAAAUUACAGGCCAUGGCUACCUUACACAAAGAUAGUUAUACUGUCCAAAGGUUUUGUGUACUUUAAUGUAUUGGCUGAAACAAUGUGUGUGGUUGGAGCUGGGGUGGGGGGAUGGCCACACUUCUGAGGAAUAUAAUCUGAAAACAUCAAGUGUUAUCUAACAUUGCUUAAGGCCACUUAAGAGAAUGGUACAGUCUGCACAGUUGAGGAUUUACCACUAAUGAAUUAAAUCUUGGGGUUUGCCGCUACUUCAGAACACUGCAGUUCAAAAUAGCAUGAGAAACUCUAGAUUAAUAGAUGGUGAUGAUGCCAUAGAUCUUUGAACAAUUUUCAAGCACUGGUGUAGUUUGUUCCCCCCCUCCCCCCCGGAUUCAUUCAGACUUAAGUACGUUAAUAUUCCAGAGAGAAACCUUUGACAAGAUUGUUCUGUGUUGGAAGAUUUGUGAAAGUUUACUAAAAUUUUGGUUAUCAGUUAUAAAGCUUGCCAAUUUUGCAUUGACAAUUAUACAUAUUUUUCUUUAAACUGAUUUUUAAAAGUAUUUUUUUCAGUGUUGAUAGUAAAUUGUUUCAUGGUUGUAUAUCAGAAAAAAAGACACCUUAGUUAAUACUUCAAAGAGAGCGUACUCUACAUUUCUACAGAUUGCAUUAGCAUCUUGAGUUUGAGCAAUAGCAGAGUGCUGGGUAUUCUCUAUGGAAUUGUGACAGAGGUUUCGAAGAGGUCCUCAAAUAGCACAUUUUAACCAUUCUAGGAAUUAGCACAGUAGAUACAUUAAUGGUGAUCUGUUGUAAAGUAUACUUCUGAAACUUGUCAGUCUAAUACAGUACACAGUCAAUAAUGGGUAGCCUUGGCCCUGUGUCAUAUUCUGAUACUUCCAGUCAAAUUGUCAGCUUCUUGUUGCUGUAAUUUGUGCUGAAUGCUGUAUCUUGGGUUUUUUUCCCCCCCCGUUUUGAAUCAACACAUCUUAUUUAAUUUUGUAAAAUACUGGCCAUAUUUUUCUUUUUGUUAUACAUUCAUGUUUAUGGGUUUACAGUGGCUGGUCUGUAUAAAAAUCAUCACACAAAAUGUAUGAAUGCUUAUACCAGUUGCACUUAAAUGAACACACCCAUUCUCAUCAGCUGAUGCAGUACUAUGUUCAGUUUAUCUAUGCAUUGCUGGGGUCUUAAUGAAGACCGAGACAGUCUAGUUUCUCGUCUAAAGUUUUGAUUGUCAGCAAGUUAAAUGGACACUUUAGUUAUUUAAUAAAGACUUUUGACCAAAAUUCUAAAAAUGGUAUGAGAGAACAAUGAAUUCUGGCUAGUUUUAAUAGAUUUUUAAUUGCUGAUCUAAUUUAGCCUAUUGGCUAACUAGCUGGUAAUGUUUACUUUUAAUUCCUUGUUAAAAUGAGGCAAUAAUUUGCAAGAUUAUGUAAAUAUGUACAUUCUGCAUAUCUUUUUAGAUAUCUAUUUCAAUAUUUUCUGACUACUUCUGUGUAUAGUAACAUUUUGUGCAUGCUUGAUGUGACAUUCAUAAAUUUGUACCACUAUGACUUUAUUCAUGUAAAAUAACUAUUUAUUGAAUUUUUCUUUUAAAAGCUGGACUUAAACUGUUUCUCUCUAUUUUAAACAUUUUACUGGAGAAGUUGUUACUGUUUAUUAAAAGAAUUGUGUUUGAAUCAGAAUGAAGAUGGCUAAAUUGCAGCCAUGUGAAAACUACAUUGCAUUGAUUCAUUGUAGGUAAAGCACAAUUCUUCUAACAAACUGUGAUGACUUCCUUGUUCAUUGCUGAGUAUAUUCUCUGUUCUCCCCUGCUCUCAAUCCCAUUUUGUAUGAACCAAAAAUCCAUGGUGGGCAACUGCAGUUUGUAGAUGUAUCACUUACAGGGACUCCAAAAAGAAUAGUUGAUUCACUUGGAUUGCAACUGGUGCUGCAAUAGAGCAACUUUUGUUAGCUAUUUCAUCCUCUCAUUGAUAGCUUUUUAAAUGUUAAUUUUUCCUCUCUUUAUAGACAGACCAACCUUACUUAAAGACUGCACAAUACUCUCUGUAUACUGAACUCUGUACUGUUAGAUUUUGUGCAGUUUUGCUUUUUUAAACCAAUAAUCAGACCCAUGUUAAGUUCACAGCCAGUUGUGCAUUAGUUACACUAUUUAAUUGAAACAAAAUAUUUGAAUAUAAAUUAGUAGAUAGCCUGACCACUAGAAGACUGCCCAGUGUUACAAGCACAUUGUCUAUAAAUGGGAAACUAGUUGUGCAAAGAAUCAUGAUUAUGAUUUCCCAUGGGGGUGGAGUACUCUAGUUAUUGCUUGAGACCAGUUGAGGACUGCAGUCCACCUUGAAGAAACCAGUCAUGUCCAUCAUUCCUAGGUUCAAAUUGCUUCACCCUGUGCAUAAAUUAGUGACAAUCGCAACCCAGUUUUAGUAUCUGAAGCUUAAGAGGAAGUUGCUAUUGUCGCAUUGGUUUUAAUAUUUGUACAUAAACACUGAUUUUUUUUAACAUUAUUUUGUAUUUGUUGUACUUUAAUACCUGGUGUACAGUUCCAGAAAUAAAUGUCUGGAAACCUUUUUUUCUCCUAUGAAAGUUUUCAUGCUUCUGCAACAUUAUUUGUCCCUUUAGUAUGUUUGGACAGACAAAGGUUUUUAAAAUGAGUUAUCAAAUACUCCAUUUGCAAUCACAAAGAAAUGGAAACUGAAUGGUAAAAUCUAUAUUAUUACUGUUGAAAAGAACAUGGGAAAAAGAAUACGCCACCUGCAAUAAAGGAUCGGUAUGACCUGCUGUCAAGAGAAGAAACUGAAAGCGAUAUUCCAACAGAUCUCGAUAUAGAAAGCAGCAUUCCUUAUUGGUCAAGGUGGUUCUAUUUUGCUGCUUAUAUUUGUACUUCACCACAUUUCACAGAGCGUCAUUCUGUGCCAUGGCAGUUAAGCAUACCAGUAGAUCCAUGCUGUAUCUCUUAAAGUACUACGAACUGAGAGUCCCCAAGUCCAGUCUGGUAACUUUUUUUUUUAAGUGCAGCAUCUUAUAGGAUAAAGCAUUUGUAACUAAUGAGUUGCAACACCACCCUGCCCAGGGCUUAAUUUGCUAUAAUGAAAUUCCAGCGCUCUAUAGGAGCAGCACCCGCCGUAAACAUGCUCCACUUUUUCUUUGCACGGCAUGAAUAUGUUUGACAAGCUGUGGAUGUAUAGAUUGUCUAAAAGCUUCCCUGAAGUGUAAUUUCUAAUGUGAUGGAAGGAAUAUUAUUAAAUAAAUGGGAAGUAAUCAUAUACCUCAACCCCAAAAACAGGAUACAUCCCUGCCUUAUUCCAUUGUAUACAUCAAGAAUUCCUUUUUUUUUUUUUAAUUUAACUGAACUGGGUGUUCUUGUGUAUCAACUAAAGAGGUAAGCUUCAUUAAAUGUAAUAGGAAUAACAUCCAGAGAAAUGGGAAUAGGAUUACAGCCUAAAAAUAUUGAAGUGGACUUCACAAAUACGUGCAUUAAGCAAUUCAUGACUGAGCUAUGAAAUUGCAAAAUCAUAAGCUUUAUAAUUAGGCAUUUGCAAUGCAGUUUGGUAAAUCUGAAUGUGAUAGGUAGCACUCAUAUCAACAGCUGUCAACAAUAUUAACUGCCUACAAGGGAGAUAUUAAUGUAGAUUAAUGUUACAAUCACACUGAAAAAAACAGUAUUUU